AUGGUGAUUUCCGACUUCAUGUGGCGGAACUCACCGGAAAAAGACCGCCACUGCUCAUUGACUGACGUGAACGGACGAGGAAGGCAGCUACCCAUCGAUUUCUGGAAUGUAAUGGAGUUCGAAGGUUGGGGUGACGGAACACCAACGAUAGUGGGGGGUCUCCUCGACGGGGUGCGGCUGAGAGAGAAAGAGAGGGCUCGAUUUCUGCUACACACAGUGGUCGCCGGAAAGAUUAGAGCUUCAGAUGCUCCACCACAGUUCCUCACUCUCUCAACCCCUUUCCCUCAUCGGAGAACGUCUCGCCGAACCAUGGCUCGCGCCCUGUUGCUGCUCGCAUUUGGGGUUCUGGUCGCCUGCGCCGCUGGCGCGCAAGGCAGAUCGGAGCUCCUCGUCGACGAAAACCCGAUCAGGCAAGUCGUCGAUGGCCUGCACGAGCUCGAGAACUCUAUUCUCCGGAUCGUUGGGAGCUCGCGGCGCGCCAUCUCUCCUUUGAGUUAA